AUGGAGGUAUAUUUAUAUAAUUUUUUUCGAUCUGCUGAAACGAAUCAACGAGACAUAAAUUAUGCAUAAUAUAUAAUGAAAGAUUCAAAAAGUGUCAGUUUCCUCUCAAAAGUUGCUGCAGAACAACUCGAAUUCAUAAACUAGAAUAUUUCAGGUAAUUCUCGUGCAUCACUUUUAUUUUUUUGCUCGUGUUUUUUUGGCUUUUGGUUCUUCAGCUCCAGGUCAAUUUCUAAUUUUUUUCAUGUUCGUGAAUUAUAAAUGAUUUAUGAAACUCUCUCUCUUUGAAUCUUGUGUUGAAUACGAAUCUUUAAAAUUCAUAACUGGAAGGCCUCUUUUUGAUGAAAAAAAUUUUAAAGAAAUUUCAAAUUAUUAUAUAAAGCCUGGCUCAACAAUGAAGGUCAUUUAACCUUGCGGUUGGGAACUUCCUGAAAACUGGCUAGAAGACUCCUUGAUGUAUUAAAAGAAGAUCCUGAAAGUGGCAAGCUGCACAACUACCUAGUUUCCGAGAAAAAGGGUCUGUAGCCCGAAAUAAGCCAGUUUUUGAUGGGUUAUAGUCUGUGUGCCACGACUUGAAAUUUCACGGAACGACAUUCCGCUGUUCCGCUGCGUGCGUUCGUGAAGCGUCUUUCGAAUCUAGGUCACGCUUUCAAUUGAUUGUUAUUGCUGUGGGAGCACAUGAAAGUAGAGUACCUUAAUAAAAGAAAAAAAUUAAAAGCGCGACCAAGGUUCGCAAAGGCGCGCAGCGGCACAGCGGAAUGUCGUUCCGUGAAAUUUCAAGUCGUGGCACACAGACUAUAUGAGGGUUUUGUUUGACUUUGAAGCGUCUUUUCUCGAAAAGUAGGAAUUUGUACAGCUUCCAGAAUCUUCUUCUGGUACAUCAAGGAGUGUUCUAGCCAGUUUUCAGGAAAACCCCGACCGCAAAGUAAAAUGACCUCCUUGUAAGCCCGCAGGAGCUUCUUCGCAAAAAAAAAGUGAGGCCUAGGGCCUGACGCACAAUCCUGCUUGGCAGACUCUUACAAAACUUGCAGAUGUAUGUUGCUAUCGUAUGAUGAUGAUUUACACAAUUGAUGAGGCGUUUCCUCCCGAAUGCGCAAGGCUUAGAUGCACUCGGGAACCCAUUCAUGCUUACGAUGCGGGAAAGGACAAAUUUAUCUCAAAAUUUUUACUAAGGGCUAAGAAGAUUAAUAAUCUCUUCAUAACUGGAAACUCGACAGUAUUCGACAUUGAUAAUGUGGAAGAAGUUGUAUACAUGGGGCCGGGUUAGUUUUCAUUUCUUUUCAGAAAAAAAAAGUUUAGGGAUUUUUGGGCCUCUCAGGAAUUUUGUUUCAGUAACUCUCCUUUCUUUCCGUAAAGUUUCCUUGAAAACAAAGUCUUAGUUUUUUUUUUCUUAGGAAGAUGGAGAAACUGUGAUUUUUUUUUCCCAGACCUAGAAGUUUGGAAAAGGAGUUAAAAAUGUUUGAGUACUAUAGUCGAUGUGCCACAAGUUGAAAUUUCAUGAAACGACACUCCGCUGUUUCGAUUUUGUGCGGUAGCGCGCAUCUGGCGAAUUUAUGACAACUUAGUAACUCCAGAUUGGUCCCUAUAGGGGCCACUGAAGCUUGAAAAAGUUGCCCCUAUAGGGGACAUGUUAGUCGAUAACUGUUAUGAACUCUAGGCGAAGAAGCAUUCCCAUGGAAGAAAGUAAACAAAUAAGCCUUUUUUGAAUUAAUCAGAAAGAUCCCUAUAGGGGCCUCUUAAGCUUUAGGGGGUCAGACCCUAAACCCCUAUAGCCUAUAUAGGCUAUAGGGACCACUUUUACGACACCAACAUGAGUUGUUUUCUCUCAAACCCCUAGAGUCUGGAAUUCCUAAGGAGUACAAGUUUUCGUUUCCCGAAAAGUACUGUAUGUGUAAGACCGUUUUUAGCGUGGGUGAUUUGCGUUUUUGCCCAUUUUGAGUAUUCCCAUCCCCUCGUUUUUUUUUCCAGAUAUUUCAUAAAAAAUAGAAAAUUCAAAAUUAAAUAGAAAAUUCGCCCUUGUCGUAUAGAUUCACGGCUAGCUUGCGGCCUGUCUGUGCUUUCUAACAACCAGGUACUGUAUUUUUCUCAUCGUGUCAAGACCCAUUGUGCGAUGGCUCAAGCUACCCGUGAAUCAGCUAUUGCACCAAAAAUUGAGAGCUUUUCGGGGAAUUUGCUCUCUUUUUUUCCCCAGGAACUAUCUUCAUUUUUCAGGGCCAGUCAUCACUUUGAAACACGCUAAUCUGGGAGAAUAUUCUUUCGAAAGAUUGAAAAGUAUAACGGUCAAGGAUCCAUCAAUUUAUUGUGACAAAAAAAAUGAACUCGUCCACAUAGAAGGUAAUCUUAACGCAGAUGUCAGGAGACGUCUCGAGAAGGUUGUGAACCAGGUUAUUCUAUUAUUUUCAAAUUUAACGUUUCAUGAUGAGUUCGAUAGGGUUGUUACUUAUUGCUGGUGCUACGAGGAGAGUGUUUUUCAAGUUGCGAAAUUUUAUAGUCUGUUCAGAUUUUCAAUCUCAAGCAGCAAACUCCGCCCCCCAAUAACGCUCUGUGAAUGACUCGCUCUCUGAUUGGUUCUACGCAUAAGGGGCGGAGUUUGAGCGAUGAGUUGAUGUACCAAAACCUGAACAGACUAUAGAAAAAACCGCAUUCAGGUGUGUGAGGAAAGGGCAAACACACGGCGUUUUGUUAGUGGAAGAAAAUGGGAAACCAAAAACACAGUGGGCGGAGCCAAAAUAUCCGCCGUUCCCACGUGACGUCAUGAUCCCGGCUCUAAAAGCGUAAAUAACAGGGCUUAUUAAGGGCACAGGCCGCCGUAUUGCCAGAGUUCUUUGAGACGAAGCGAAAAUUUCUCUACAUAAACGCAAUUUUCUGCGCGAAAUCGGCGCAGUGCAUGCACACGACACAUGACACUUUACGGAGUAAAAGUGCGCGUGGCGUCGUCGAAAAAACGCCGUGAACACUCAAAGCGCACACCUCCGAAUCAUUUCCAUACUUUAUUUUCUGACCAGGCAAAGCUCUCUCGUUUUCUUAUAGAAUUUUUUUUCCCCGAGACGGUCAACUUUUAGAAAAAAAAAAAGAUAAAAACGGCUUUUUCCUUUACUAAACGGCGAAAAAGAGCGAGGAAACAAUGAUCUUGGAGCAAACAAGAUCGAACUUGUAUCAGUUUAGUAUACGAUCUUUUUGGAAGAAAAUAAGAACGUGACCAGCUGCCGCACCUUAUUCGUAUAGUUCCUAUUUUCAGACGUUGGCCUUUUGCAAUGUGCCAACAGCUGUGCUCGUGCCCGUGCCUGUGCUCGUCAAUUUUUCGGUUGAAAGUUCAGCUGACUCUUGCCCGGAAGAUGAUGAAUAUCCUGCUGAGAAAUCAUCGUCAACCGAGAAGCUCUCGUCGAGUGGUUGGUUCUCAAUACACAGGCGAAUCGGGAGGGUAUCGUAAUGUGUCCACAACUCGAAAUGGAUUGGGAAGACCCCAUAAUAUGUUCAUCGUGAAACCUCCUUCAGCUCUAUCGGAGCUACUUGAGAUCCCAUGUCUAUCUCAUUCUCCUCAAACCUCUCGGAGGUAUAGUCCUGGUACCAUCGAUAGACUUCAGACCCAUGCGAUAUAGGGAGUAUCGCGAUACCCUCUCUCGAUUCGCCUAUAAAUUAUUUAUUCAAAAACUAAAAUUGUUUAGAUUUUGCCCUAUACGCUUCCACCGCCGCAACGGGAGUCCUCCUUUUCAUCUGCACAACUCUGACUUCCCUCAGUGUUCGAUUCUACAGCAAGCUGCGUGAGAAGGAUAUGUACCCAGUUUCCUCGGGUGACUUUACAGAAUUGAACUUCGGAAACUUUCCCUUUGAAACAAAAAUACUUUUUGGAUUUUUAUAACUCGAAACGAUUUUCAUCGCAGUGUUUCGUCUAAUAUUGCACGAGAUUAGUCUUUGAAACUUUGAAACUUUUAUUCAUUCAGUCUUCGGAGUAGGUUCUCUGCUGAAUCAUGGAAUAAUUGAAGAGUUGUUUGUCGGUUCGCGAUACUGUCGUUGAUCAAGAACGGCGUGUAGAGCCUCUCCCCUUUCUUGUGAUAGUAGUAGACGAUUUGCGAGCGUUUCCCACGAUCACUGCUUCUCCAUGUAGGAACAGUACGGCGUCCAGCUUGUCCAAGGCUGACGGGCGUCGGAUUAAGUUAAGAUUAAACAGAGAUUAGUCUAGUUCAUUUUAAAAAUUACAGGACAAUAAAUUAGACUAAAACGUUGGGAAGUUUAUGAAAGCUAGAAAGUCUUGGGAAGGUCUUUGCAAGGUUUUCAGAAGGUAGUUGGAAGAUAAAAAUGGAAAAUGUCUGGCAGAAGCCUGCUAUAUUGCUUUUGAAAGGCUUCCUUCCUAAGUAGAAAUGGUUAAAAAAGCCUUCCUAGGAACCGAAAGCAGAAGCUUUCCGAAUUUCACCUGAGAUGGUUUCCCAUCUGUCUCCCUCACUGCACCUGAAAAAACGACCCUUAUCAAAAAUAACCGAAAGCUUUCAGAAGCUCUUCCUCUCAAGAUUCAAAGCACGGAAGAGACACCGCAGACUGAUGCGAUAAUAUCGUUCAACUCUGCGGAAAAGACGUCCGAGAAGGCGCCAGACGUAGAAACUGAGCGGAAGAUUGCCGGAGAGGAAGCCUCGGAGGAGGACGAAGCUCGAUUUUACGAGGAAAUCGGAAAUAAUUCUGCCUGA